AAAAAGACCCCUGACGAGCAGCUCAGAUGUCUGAUGAGGUACCGGGAUCCAAAGCAAGAACACAUCUUCAAGAUAUCACCUUCUGAAGUGAAUCUCCCCAAAACCCAAUUUCACACACUAAACACUUGCAGACUCACACAUACACAAUACACUACUAUGUCCUAGAUUUAUAUAUAGGAGUAGUAUAAUGUAUAUAGAUAGUAAUUUUUCUGCUAACUUUAUGGCUUUCCCCUCUUCUCACUCUCCAUUUCCUCUUCUCUCUCCUCGAGCACAUAUCUGAUUUCUUCAACGCUUCAUCAUUCAAGAGCAAGCCAGAACAGAGCCAACAACACAAGAAAGAAACGUAUACUAAUAAAAAAUGGAAAAAUUAGUCAUCAGUCAGCGGUUCAUGAUUCUCACGUCCCAUCUCUCCUCACUCCUUACCAUUCCUUCAAUCUAACUCUUGUAUAACUGCUACCCCUUUAUACGAAUCUCUCGCAGUAUUCCAUUUUUUUUCAUAUUAUUCAUGCAUCCCAUUCGUUGCCUCCCUCAAACUAUAACCACCAGUCCACCACCAUAUUGACAUUUUACAUCAAGAUUGAAUCUUUCCACCCCAUUUCUUCCAUUUUUUUAGACCCUUUACCAAAUCUUGAAGAGCCCAUAUUUUAAUUCUCAAGAAAAGACAAGAGAUUCUUGCUUUGUUGAUUUUUUUUGGGAAAAUAAAAAAGCCCAUUUUUUGGUUCUACUGAAAAGGCCAGCCAUGACAGAGGUACUCCACUCAUCUCCUCCUCUUCUUCUCCUUCAAUUUCCACCCCAACCGACAAUGGGACAUUGUUUCAGUCUUUUCUGAGAAGAAGAGAAGAAAGGAAGAAGAAAUUAUUGCUAGAAUUACCGGUAGUGAGGGGAAAGUGAAGAAGAAGGAGGAGAAGUGAAAGAAAAAGAGAACAAGGAGAGAAGGGAUCAUCAGCUGUCUUUACUAGCUUUUCUGGUGACAUUGAUUAGGAAAAGUUUUUGGAUGGCUUGCAAGACUACUACUGGCGGUGGUGGAAGAGAAGAGCUUGGGGAGAGUUGGAGUUGCUGCAGGAGGGAUGGAGAUUGGGUGGCCCACUAAUGUCCGCCAUGUUGCACAUGUCACCUUUGAUAGGUUUAAUGUCUUGGGUUUGCCUGUUGAGUUUGAGCCUGAAGUCCCCAGAAGGGCUCCUAGUGCUAGUGCCACUGUUUUUGGAGUUUCCACAGAAUCCAUGCAGUUAUCAUUUGACUCCAGAGGGAACAGUAUUCCAACAAUCCUUUUACUUAUGCAAGGACGUUUGUAUGCUCAAGGUGGCCUACAGGUGAAGACUUUUUGUUAGGAUCUUCUGUUUC